AAAUAUGAACUGUGUGUCCUUUCAAAAUAUUACUCAGUAUGAAAUUUCUCCUAGAUGGAAUGCAUAUCAUGGAAUUUUGGGAAUCUGGAGUCACUGGGAUAUUGAAAAUAAUACUUUCUCAUCAAUGAUAUAUACUCAUGGGGAUCAUUGUGGGAAUAUUAAUAGAAAAGUCAAAGUUCUUUUAGAGUGUGGAUUUAAAGAAGAAUUAUCAAAUGUGACAGAACCAGAAAGGUGUCAGUAUGUAGCAAUAUUUAAGUCAAAGUAUGUUUGCAAUAGUGAUGCUUUGCUAGUUUAUCCAAGGUUGGAUCCAGAAUCAAGACAUAAAUGGGAUCAACUAAUAACUGAUUUACAUUAUGGCUUUAUAACAGAAAAAGGCUAUCAGGCAGGUUUACAGAAGUUGUUUCAAUCAGCUGGUUUAGCUGAAACAAGAACUGCAAAACCACCAGAUGUUGCAACUACAGAAACAACUUUUAGUGCUGGAAAUACAUUCUCUGAUUUGCUGUCCUGUAAUAAGGAAUAUAAAAAUCUUCAGAAUGAAAUCUCCCAACUAAAUCAGGAAUUAGAGGCAUUAAAGUUACUACUUGACCUUAAUAAAAUACAGAAUAGAACAAAUAAACCUAAGUAAAGAAAUAUUAAAAGUAGAUUCUGAUAUAUUAAAAGUUAAAUAAAUAUAUAUAUUUGCAAAUUGUA